AGCCAGCCACUCGAUUCAUCACAUUCGCCUUUGCACAUGUCAAAAAUCGAUGUGCGGUGCAUUUGUUGAUUAGUCGUAAGUCCACAGCCCACAGCCCACAGCCCGCAGCUAGCAGCCAGUCAUGUCCGAGCAGGUCAGCUACGAGGAGGAGUGCCAGCGCGCAGAGCUGCUCGGUCUGCAGCCGCCGGACAAGGCUGAAUUUGAGCGCAAACGCAGCGCACGGCUCGAACAGCAGCUGGCCGAGCAGGAGGCUGCCGAGGCAGUCAUGCUCGAGCAGCAGGGCGAGUCGCUGCGCAGCGCCGGCGGCAAGCUGGACGAGCUGAACAGCAUCCUGUCCAGCACGCAGCAGCGUCUGAAUCGCUUCAAGCAAACGGCCUGCGGCAGUCUGACAAACAUAUUUACGCGUGGCGGUAGUCUGAGCGGCGCCAGUGGCGCUAGUGCUUCCAUGGAUGUGCCCGGCUACAGCAUGGAGCAGUCAGCCGAGCCACCGCAGCCGCCCGUGCAAAGGCAGCCCCAGCCCAUGGCACCGCCCACAGCAGCAGAGGUGGCCGCUGCCAAGGCGGCCAAGCGCGCCAUGAUGGACAGCCAGCUGGACAAGCUGGACUCGCUGAUCAACAAGGCGGACAACGCGGAGCUGGCCAUGAGCGAGCAGACGAAGCAGAUGCGACGCAUCGCCAAGUGAAGGACGAGCAAGAAAUUUGUUGUUUUUG